AUGUCAGACGCUUCCCAGUUCAUUUCCAAGAGAGCUCAAUCACGGAAAUCAAGUCAUUUUGCAAACGUGCCAUCAGAUAAACCACCAGCUGGAUUCAAACCACACCCCAAGCCUUUGUUGUUAUCGUACGGUACACCUAAUGAUGGUUUCUUCCCAAUUGAUUCUAUCGAAGUGAAUUUAGUUGAAUUUCCAUUUGAGCACCAAUCAAAGCAAAGUCACCUUAAUGGGCACUCUAAAGAAGCCAAUGGUCAAGCAAAGGAGGCCAAUGGUCAAGCAAAGGAGGCCAAUGGUCAAGUGAAGGAGGAAAAAUCCAACAGUUUCCGCAUAUCAAGACAUUCGGACACACCAGAGUUGCUUGAUUUGUCAAGGGGUUUACAAUACGGACCAGUGUCUGGACUCGACCCCUUGUUGCAAUUCACCAAGGAAUUCAUUUCUAAAACCCACAAACCGGCAUACGAUGAGUGGAACCUGAUCGUGACUACCGGUGCAAGUGAUGGAUUGAACAAAGCAUGUGAUGCUAUUUUGGACCAAGGAGACGUGGUUCUUGUUGAAGAGUUUACAUUCACACCCUUUCUUAGAUUUGUAAACAAUGCCGGUGGUAUUCCAGUUCCACUCAAAAUAGACUUGUCACAGGAUUCAAAUGGACUUGAUUAUAACUACUUGGAGAAUUUAUUGACAAAUUGGUCAAAAGAGAAACCCAACUUGCCCAAACCCAAAGCGUUGUACACAAUCUCCACGGGACAAAACCCAACUGGAUUUACACAAACACUCGAGUUCCGUCGUAAAGUUUACAAGUUGGCAGAGGAACAUAAUUUUGUAAUUAUUGAAGACGACCCUUAUGGAUACUUGACUUUACCAAAAUACGACUCAUCUAGAUUUUCCAGCAACGAUCAAGUGGACCCCGCAGAUUUAAAGAAUGAUAUAACUAUUGAAGAUUACUUGACCAACCAUUUGACUCCGUCAUAUUUGGAAAUUGACACCACCGGGCGUGUUAUCAGAGUCGAGACAUUUUCCAAGUUAUUUGCUCCCGGAUUACGUCUUGGGUUUGUCAUUGCUCAUGCCAAGAUUAUCGAUGCUAUUCGCAACUAUUCCGAGGUUGUAAACAGAGGUGCGUCGGGAUUGUCGCAAACAGUAGUGAACAAUGUUAUUAGGGACAAAUUGGGAGGUUUGGAUGGCUGGUUGAACUGGAUUUUAAAGAUGCGGGCAACUUAUUCCCACAGAAAAGACCUCUUGUUGCAUUCAAUUUACAAAUCAGAAGCGUUCAAAAAGGGGUUGGUUGAUGUGAUUGAUCCAAAAGCAGGCAUGUUUGCUACUUUCAAAGUGAAGUUUUUGGACCCGGCUGAGGGUAAUGUUUCAAGUGACGAAGUAGUUGCUGUUGGAAAGCAAUUAUUGUGGAAGAUUAUCAGUCAUGGGGUCUUGGUUGUCCCUGGGUACAAUAUGUCAGUUGAUCCAGAUUUUAGCUUGGAAAGAAGCAACUUCUUUAGAUUAUGCUAUGCCCCUCUCAACAACGAUGAGGACAUUAUAGAAAGUGGGAAACGAUUGACCGAUGCUGUUUUGGAGUUUUACAACAAUGGCAACAAGUUUUGA